AUGCGUUUAAUUAUUCGUGAAGAUUGUGAUGCAGUUUCUGAAUAUAUGGCAACAUAUAUCAAGAAUCGUAUAUUAGAAUUUAAUCCAACUCCUGAGAAACCUUUUGUUCUUGGUUUGCCAACUGGUUCUUCGCCAAUUGGUGUUUAUAAAAAUUUAGUAAAGUAUCAUAAAAAUGGUGAAUUAAGUUUUCAAAAUGUCGUUACUUUUAAUAUGGAUGAAUACGUUGGUUUGCCAAGAGAUCAUUCAGAAAGUUAUCAUUCUUUCAUGUGGCAUAAUCUUUUCAAACAUGUAGAUAUAAAUCCGAAAAAUGUUCAUAUACUCAAUGGUAAUGCCGAAGAUCUUGAAAAAGAAUGUACUGAUUUUGAAGUCUCUAUUAAAGCUGCUGGUGGCAUAGAACUAUUCUUGGGAGCUUUUAAUGAGCCUGGAUCUUCGUUGAACUCAAGGACUCGUGUAAAAACUUUAGCGUAUGAUACAAUUUUAGCAAAUUCAAGAUUUUUUGAAAAUGAUAUCAGCAAAGUACCUAGAAUGGCAUUAACUGUUGGGCCAAAUGUAUCGAAGAAGGUUGAUAUUAUUUUAUUUAUAGUUGUUGUUGCAUUAACACGUAUAAACCAUAUGUGGACUGUGUCAGCAAUUCAAAAUCAUCCCAAGGCUUUAAUUGUUUGUGAUGAAGAUGCAACACUUGAAUUGCAUGUAAAAACUGUAAAAUAUUUUAAGAGUAUUGAACACGUUAUUAAAAAUCUUAUUGGAGCUGAAAAUGUUGGUUUACAAGGUAACGUAAAAAAGUAUCCCACACCAGUAGUUACACCAACAAGAGAGGAAUUUUAUAAUUUGCCUUUUUGA